AGUGCAGAUUGGACUAAAUAUAGCGACCAAAAUGUAAUUUACUCUUCCUUUUUUAGUUAAGCUUGUUUGAAUGUCAUGGGAUCACGAUAUAAGCGUUGAACGACCAAGCUUCACCACUUUUCCCGCCGGUGACGCUUUCAUUCUUCUCCGAUCAGCAAACUCUACCUAAUCAUCACACAGCCACUGUCGCCACCGUCAUCUCCGAAGUCGAGUACCUGCACGAAUUCAAAUCUGACCUCGCACGAUGUCCAUAUCGCGUUCCGGUGGUCAAGGGACGAGCGAAGUUGGCAAUGUCGAUUUCCUUAGGAUCUGCGAUGGCCUAUGCUACGACUUAUCGUCUCUACAAGAGCUCGCCUGCCGUGGCGCAUGGAGAUCGGUUCUCGAUAAAGUCGCUCAAGCACGUUCCAAAUCUCUCCUCUCUAAACCUCACGAACAUCUCAUUUAUCUCUCCUACAACGCCAUUGCUCUGACUAAACUCCGCCGUUUCUCUGAAGCAGUCGCCGAGCUCGAUUUGGUGGAAAAAGGCCUCGAUAUUUACAGGUACGAAACUUAUCCACAUCAUUACCCUAAUCGCCAUGGCUCCAUGGCCCCUUUUGUCCUCCGUUGGUUGCAUGCUGAACUCCCUUCCAAAUUAGGAAGACGUCAAGAAACUUUAGAUCGAUUCUACUUGUUACUACAGUUCAUUAGGGAAAAAUUAACAAAAAAUUUGCCAAAUGCAUCACGUCAAGUGUGGAGUAAACGAGAAGGUUUGGUGAUUAAUUCGAUAAUCAGUCAUCAAUUAUGUCAUAAAGAGUUCGGAGUGUGUUUGGAUUUGAUGAAAGACUUGAUUAAACGUGAUUCAACUCCUGUAGCUCGAGCAAUUCUGAUGGCGAAGCUAGGGUACAUCCAAAUGCAAUAUGGGGAUCUGGAAGGUGCCAGGGGGACUUUUGGUGUGAUUGAGGGGAUUGUGAAUGAUGGAAAUGGAGAAAUUGAGAUGAAAAAUCUUGUGAAUAGGAAUAAAGCGUUGAUGUUUAUGGUUGAAAAAGACUAUGUAUCUGCUGUGAGGGAGUAUCAGGAGUGCAUAGAUAGAGAUGGAUCAGAUGUUGUUGCUAUUAACAACAAGGCACUUUGUUUGAUGUAUAUGCGUGAUUUGUCUGAUUCCAUUAAGGUGAUGGAGAAUGCUUUGGAGAGAAUCCCUACAGCUGCAUUGAAUGAGAUAUUUGUUGUGAAUUUGUGUAGUAUGUAUGAGUUGGCUUAUGUUAAUCAUUCGGAUAUCAAGAAGACACUUAGCAGUUGGAUUGCUCGUGUGGCACCUGAUGAUUUUGAUACUUCGAGUACUCGCAUAUAAGGCAUUUAUGAUCAGAUAACAAAAUCCUAUAAACUGGGCAUAUAUUUUUCGUUUGGAAGAAAUUUAAGAAUCAUCUGUUCCACCUGAAGAAUUGGGAUCUAUAAAAGUUUCAUUAAUGUAACUCAUUUGGUUGAUGAAA